AUGUUUUUUCGUCUCUUCUUCUUCCUUUUCCUCUUGUUCUCUAUUUCUUUCUUGCAUGUUAGAGCUGCUGCUGAUGAUGAAGAUGGCAAUAUAAAAGUCGACCCGAGUCUUAACUUCGAAAACCUGAGUCUUCGUCAAGCUUACAUUGCUCUACAAUCAUGGAAACAAGCUAUCUUCUCUGACCCUUUUAACUUCACAGCUAAUUGGAAUGGCUCAAAUGUUUGCUCUUACAAAGGUAUCUUCUGUGCUGCUUCUCCUUCUUCUCCAAGAACUCGAGUUGUUGCGGGGAUCGAUCUUAACCAUGCUGACAUGGCUGGUUACUUACCUUCCGAGCUCGGUCUCCUCACUGAUCUUGCUCUCUUCCAUCUCAACUCAAACCGUUUCUGUGGAUCAGUACCAAUCACUUUCAAAAACAUGAAGCUUCUCUACGAGCUUGACUUGAGUAACAACCGUUUCGUUGGCAAGUUCCCUCUCGUUGUCUUGUCUUUGCCUUCUCUCAAGUUCUUGGAUCUCCGUUACAACGAGUUCGAAGGUGGAAUCCCUUCAAAGCUCUUCGAUAAAGAGCUUGACGCCAUCUUCUUGAACCAUAACCGGUUUCGGUUCGGUAUACCGGAGAAUUUGGGAAACUCUCCGGUUUCCGUUCUUGUUCUUGCGGAUAACGAUCUUGGUGGUUGCAUACCGGGAAGUAUCGGUAGAAUGGGGAUGACUCUUAACGAGAUCAUCCUCUCUACCGAUAACUUAACCGGUUGCUUACCACCGCAGAUUGGUAAUCUCAAGAACGUGACGGUUUUCGACGUCGGUUUUAACCGGUUAAGCGGUUCGUUACCGUGGAGCGUUGGAAACAUGAAGAGCUUGGAGCAGCUGAAUGUUGGUCACAAUAGGUUCACUGGAGUGAUCCCAAGCAGCAUUUGCCAGCUCUCUAACCUUGAGAACUUCACUUACUCUUUCAACUUCUUCACCGGUGAUGCACCGAGAUGCGCGGCGCUUUCUGGAGGCAAUGUGGCGGUUAAUGGAUCGAUGAAUUGUGUUGCCGGUAAAGAACGUCAAAGAUCGUCUAGAGAGUGUUCUUCUCCAGCUUCACGCCCUGUUGAUUGUAGUAGAUUUGGAUGUAACAAUAUUUUCUCUCUUCCUCCACCGCCGUCUUUUAAGAUGGCUCCCACCGUCCGAGUACUUCCUCCACCGCCACCGCCUCCGUCUUCCAAAAUGUCGCCUACUUUUAGAACAAAUCCGCCGCCGCCUCCGUCUUCCAAGAUGUCGCCUACUUUUAGAGCGAAUCCACCACCGCCUCCAUCUUCUUCCGUUAAGACGUCUCCUCCGCCACCGCCAUCUUCUAAGAUGUCCCCUUCCGUCAAGGCGUAUCCUCCUCCGCCACCGCCACUUUAUGAGUCAUCUCCUCCUCCUCCUUCUUCCGGAAUGUCACCUUCCGAUAGAGCAUACCUUCCACCACCGCCACCAUCUCCUCCUCCGCCAUACAUCUACUCAUCUCCACCUCCGCCUCCACCCACAACGCAAAGUCCACCACCACCGGAAUAUCAGCAAACUCUUUCACCACCUUACUACCAAUACACGUCUUCUCCGCCACCACCUACAUACUACGCCGUUCGAUCUCCACCGCCACCACCACCGGUUACAACAAGUUGUCCGCCUCCAUCACCAGUCUACUAUACACCCGUAACACAAAGCCCUCCACCUCCACCACCAGUGUACUAUCCGCCAGUAACACAAAGUCCACCACCACCACCUCCGGUAUACUAUCCACCCGUUACACAAAGUUCUCCACCUCCACCACCGGUGUACUAUCCGCCAGUAACACAAAGUCCACCACCACCACCUCCGGUGUACUAUGCGCCGGUAACACAAAGUCCUCCACCUCCACCACCGGUUUACUAUCCACCCGUAACACAAAGCCCUUCUCCACCUCCAUCACCGGUGUACUAUCCGCCAGUAACACAAAGUCCUCCACCUCCACCACCAGUGUACUAUCCACCCGUAGCACAAAGUCCUCCACCGCCACCACCGGUUGAGUACCAUCCACCGGCAACCCCAAACCACUCUCCACCACCAGAGAAGGGAUGUAACGACAGUCCAAGUAACGGCCAUCACUACCAAACACCAACACCACCUUCUCCACCGCCUCCAUUCUACGAGGACACACCUCUUCCGCCGAUCCACGGUGUCUCUUAUGCGUCUCCUCCUCCACCAUCAAUCCCAUACUACUAA